AUGGACGCCUCUGAGGAGCCGCUGCCGCCAGUGGUCUACACCAUGGAGAACAAGCCCAUCGUCACCUGUGCUGGAGAUCAGAAUUUAUUUACCUCUGUUUAUCCGAUGCUGUCUCAGCAGCUUCCGAGAGAACCGAUGGAAUGGAGGAGGUCCUAUGGCCGGGCCCCCAAGAUGAUCCACCUCGAGUCCAACUUUGUUCCGUUCAAAGAGGAGCUGCUCCCCAAAGAAGGAAACAAAGCUCUGCUCACCUUCCCCUUCCUCCACAUUUACUGGACCGAGUGCUGCGAUACAGAGGUGUACAAAGCUACAGUAAAAGAUGACCUCACCAAGUGGCAGAAUAUUCUGAAAGCACACAGCUCUGUGGACUGGUUAAUAGUGGUAGUUGAAAAUGAUGCCAAGAAAAAAAACAAAACCAACAUCCUUCCCCGAACUUCCAUCGUGGACAAAAUAAGAAAUGACUUUUGUAAUAAGCAAAGCGACAGGUGUGUCGUGCUCUCCGACCCCUUGAAGGACUCUUCUCGAACUCAGGAAUCCUGGAAUGCCUUCCUGACCAAACUCAGGACGUUGCUUCUUAUGUCUUUUACCAAAAACCUAGGCAAGUUUGAGGACGACAUGCGCACCUUGCGGGAGAAGAGGACAGAGCCCGGCUGGAGCUUCUGCGACUACUUCAUGGUCCAGGAGGAGCUUGCCUUCGUCUUUGAGAUGCUGCAGCAAUUCGAAGAUGCCCUGGUGCAGUACGAUGAGCUGGACGCCCUGUUCUCACAGUACGUCGUCAACUUCGGGGCUGGGGAUGGUGCCAACUGGCUGACUUUCUUCUGCCAGCCGGUGAAGAGCUGGAAUGGGCUGGUGCUCCGCAAGCCCAUAGACAUGGAGAAGCGGGAGUUGAUGCAGAGGCGGGAGGCCACGCUGCUGGACCUGCGCAGCUACCUGUUCUCGCGCCAGUGCACCCUGCUCCUGUUCCUGCAGCGGCCCUGGGAGGUGGCACAGCGCGCCUUAGAGCUGCUGCACAGCUGUGUGCAGGAGCUGCGGCUCCUGGAGGUCUCCGUCCCGCCGGGCGCACUGGACUGCUGGGUGUUCCUGAGCUGUUUGGAGGUGCUGCAGAGGAUAGAAGGUUGCUGUGACCGGGCGCAGAUAGACUCCAACAUCGCGCACACGGUGGGGCUGUGGAGCUAUGCCACAGAGAAGUUAAAGUCUUUGGGCUACCUGUGUGGCCUUGUGUCAGAAAAAGGACCUAACUCCGAAGAUCUGAACAGGACAGUGGACCUUUUGGCAGGUCUGGGAGCCGAGCGACCUGAAACAGCCAGCACAGCUCAGAGUCCGUAUAAGAAACUGAAGGAAGCGCUGUCGUCAGUGGAAGCUUUUGAGAAGCACUACUUAGAUUUGUCUCAUGCUACCAUUGAGAUGUAUACGAGUAUUGGAAGGAUUCGGUCUGCCAAGUUCGUUGGAAAAGAUCUGGCAGAAUUUUACAUGAGGAAAAGGUCUCCCCAGAAGGCAGAGAGCUACCUUCAGGGAGCUUUGAAGAACUACCUGGCCGAGGGUUGGGCCCUGCCUGUCACGCACACCCGGAAGCAGCUUGCCGAAUGCCAGAAACACCUUGGGCAAGUUGAGAACUACCUGCAGACCAGCAGCCUUCUGGCCAGUGAUCAGCACCUGACCAAGGAAGAGCGGAAGUACUUUUGCCAGGAGAUACUCAGCUUUGCUGGGUGGCCUGCAGACAGCCCGGGUCACAAGGUGGUGCUGCCCAUGCACUCCUUCGCACAGCUGCAGGACCUGCACUUCGACCCUCCCAACGCCGUGGUCCACGCGGGUGGCACCUUGUCCCUGGAGAUGACCGUGUACAGCCAGAUGCCGGUCCCUGUGCCUGUAGACCAGAUUGCCAUCAAUGUGCACUUCAGUGUCGAGAAGAACAGCUACCGGAAGACUGCUGAGUGGCUGACCAAGCACAAGACACCCAAUGGCAUCAUCCACUUCCCCGCUGAGGUCUCCCCACUCCCCCCGGCCCAGAGCAGCUUGCCUGCGCUGGAGCUGUCUGAGAUGUUCGAGCGCAGCCCUUCAGACAAUGCCCUGACCACCACGGGCAUCAUCUGCAGAAACGUCCACAUGCUGCUGCACAGGCAGGAGGGUGGCUCUUCUCUAGAGGCGCCCUCCGGGGUGGCCCUGGAGGACGGGGCCCACGUGCUGAGGUGCAGCUGCGUGACACUGGAGCCCGGGGCCAACAGGGUGGCGUUCAGGACUCAGGCCAAGGAGCCGGGGACGUACACACUCCGGCAGCUGUGCGCCUCGGUGGGCCCUGUGUGGUUCGUGCUUCCGCACAUCUACCCCAUCGUGCAGUACGACGUGUAUUCUCAGGAGCCACAGCUGCACGUGGAGCCACUGGCAGAUAGCCUUUUGGCUGGCAUUCCUCAGAAGGUCAAGUUCACUGUCACCACCGGCCACUACACAGUGAAGAACGGGGACAGCCUGCAGCUCAGCAACGUGGAGGCCAUGCUGGUCCUGUGUCAGGGAGAGAACAGAGCUGUGGUCUACUCUAACUCGAGAGAAGAGUCCUCCACCACAGUGCUCCGGAUCCAGUCCUCCGACAAGGUCACGAGCAUCGGGCUGCCUGCCACACCUGCAUACCACGUCAUUGAGUUUGAGCUGGAGGUUUUGUCCCUGCCAUUGGCUCCAGCAUCUAGCAGGGAGAGCGACAUGCCAGGGACACCGGAGCACCCCAGGAAGCAAAAGGACAGACAGAGGGCAGGCCCCUGCAUGGUCACCACCGACCACAAGUUGUCCAUCGAUUGCCCGUGGUCCAUCUACUCCACUGUCAUUGCACUGACAUUCAGUGUGCCCUUCAGGACCACGCACUCCCUGCUCUCUGCUGGAACCAGGAAAUAUGUUCAAGUUUGUGUCCAGAACUUGUCAGAGCUUGACUUCCAGCUGGCAGAGAGUAAUCUUGCAGAUACUGGAGGCUCCACCACCCUGCAGCUGACACCACUGAAUGCACCAUCCCUGCAGCACAUCCACAGCAAGCAGUCGGUGUUUUUCAUCUGGGAGUUGAAGUGGACGCAGGAGCCUCCCCCUGCCCUGCACUGCCAGUUCUCCUUGGGCUUCUCCCCGGCCUCUGCAGAGCAGCUGUCCGUCCCCCUGAAGCCCUACACGUACGAAUUCCAAGUGGAGAACUUCUUCACCCUGUACACCGUGAAGGCGGAGGUGCUGCCGCCCACGGGUGCGGAAUACUGCAGGACUGGCUCGCUUUGCUCUUUGGAGGUGUCCAUCACCCGGCUCGCUGACCUGCUGGAGGUGGACAAGGAUGAGGCGCUGACGGGGUCCGACGAAUACUUCUGCACGAAGCUCAUGUAUGAAGUGGUCGACAACACCAGCAACUGGGCAGUAUGUGGGAAGAGCUGUGGUGUUAUCUCCAUGCCCGUGGCAGCCCAGGCCACUCACCGAGUGCACAUGGAAGUGAUGCCUCUCUUCGCGGGCUACCUCCCCUUGCCUGACGUCCGCCUGUUUAAGUACCUCCCGCACCACUCUGCACACUCCUCCCAGCUGGACGCUGACAGCUGGAUCGAAAAUGACAGCCUGUCGGUGGACAAGCACCCGGACGACCAGCUGGACUGCAGCAGUGUGCGGAGUAGAGGCAGCGUGCACUCGGCCGCCAGCGGCGAGCACAAGGGCCUGCCCAUGCCCCGGCUGCAGGCACUCCCCACUGGCCAGGUCUUCAACUCCAGCAUGGGCACGCAGGUCCUGGUCAUCCCCAGCCAAGAUGACCAUGUCCUGGAAGUCAGCGUGACAUGACAGCAGCACUUUGGUCGUCUGGCGCCACAGACUGCUGUGAUUGCACUUUAGGGACUGUGACUGGAUUGCUCUCGUCGUAACAUGCUAGCUCUACCCACACUUGGCAGCCCUGCUUGGCCACAGAGGUACCAGAGAAUGGCACUGUGCAGCCGGUCAGCAGAGGCAGCAUGUCCCCUCAUGUUGUCUGCCAUACAGGACCCUUGUUCUUUUCUUACCCCUUCCCUGUGCUGGUGUCUGACCGUUCUGCUCCAAGCCCUACUCCUCCACUCACAUAACCGCUGCUGCAGGACUGUUAGCCCGGCUUCCACGCAGCCCCAUCUGCUGGCUCCGCAUGGAAGCCUGUGUCCUCACUGGCCCCUGUGAUGCCCGUGUGCUCCUCUGGUCACAUGGCUGCUCAGCUUCCGGACUGCCUGGGAGAACGUGGGGUCUUCUGAUCACCGACCCCUCUUUCCUCCAGGAACGCCCUUCAGGGCCAGUGGGUGGUGUGUGGGCGGGUCUGGAGGGACCGACCCCUUCUGUGCCUUGGGAUGCCAGGCAGCUGACCAGGAGAGCCACGGGCUGGAGCCCUGUAAAGGUCCUUGAGAAGGACUAGGCCAGGGCGCAGGAGCAGGGCAGCGCGGAAAUAGUGUAGGUAUAAAUGUUUCUGGUCCCUGUGUUCCCCACUGUUGAUCGAAUAUCAUAUGCACUUGGAAUUAAAUAUGUAUUUAUUUUAAUUGUCAUUAUGUUUGUGGGGUUAGUAUGUUAUUUGCCUUUCUCUCAUCUUCAGAGUCUCUUCAUGUAAUUGUGGCUGUAGAAUCAGCAUCUUCCUUUUGCACCUUAAGUCUUAGCUGAUACUCGAGUGAAGUGAGGAGUACGGGUCCUCAUGCUGUGUCCUAGGCCAGCUGUGGGGGACUGGGCCUGCAGUAACCUCUGCUGGUCCACUCGGUUGCAGUCAGACCGUACCUUCAGGCUCAUUUACUUUCGGUUGUAAAUUUAAUUGUACAUAUGGUUGAUUUAUUAUUUUUGAAAGUACAGACUGAUGUAAUGUUUAAGUUGCACCAAAAAUCAAGGACGAAAUAAAUAAGUGUUUUUAUUGGUGUGAAAGUCGAAGCUUGUAAGUAAGUGUUGUAUAUAUUAACCCUUUAGCAGCUCUCCAAAGCAAUGUAUUUUUGUACAUGUGAAUAGAGUGCUCUGGAUUUGCUGGCACGGGGUGCUUGGAACCCAGCUUGACCAGAUGAACGCAGGCAGACGCAGUGGGGUCCAGCAGGGCCGGACCUCGGGAACAGCCCAGAGGUAGGAGUUGGGAGCGCCGGCCAUGGUGACCAAGCAGUCUUCGUCAGUAUUCUGUGUUGGCCUUUGCCUCAACCUUAAACAAAGGUGUGAUCUUCCCCUUGGUGUUUUCAGUUCUAGGAAUUGGAAAAAUGCGUGAGGAAGAGAGAUAUCCAUGUGCUUAAACUUUUUGGAAAUCUAUCUUCCUCAUGUGUGGUUUACAGCUAAUAAAUGUGGGUGGGUCCACCUGGUUAGGCAAAUUAGAACUUGAGACUAAUGAAAAGUUCAGGGUCUCAGAAAUAAGGUUUCUGCUGUAAGAGGUGCUGGAUGCUUGCCUUACAGUCCUGUGAACCGGGGGUUCUCUGACAUCCAGUGCUGGCAGAGAAGUAUACAUCCCUGCUGCCAGCGCGGAGCUGUGUGAUACGCAGCGCAGUUUCCCUCCCACCAGAGAUAGCCCAGGAACCGGGGCUUAUUCAUCACUCUGGUUUUCUAGUAUCUGAGCACUCUCAAGAUACAAUUUUCUGAUUAAAAAUGUUUGUGGUCCUUUCUUACCUGGAAACUCAAAUCAGAACUAUCACAGAUUCCUCCCCCAGUUACCUCUCUUGUGCAAACUAAGAUAAAUGCUUCUGCCUUUUUUUCCCUUAAGACAAAAGAAUGUCACUAAAAAGCUAAAAGUCCUCCGUGUUAACAGUCACACAGUAAGAGGAGGCUGUUGCUGGGUUUGGGUUGUGAGGCUCUGUAUUCGAGAGGGCUGAUUUUGUUGACUCAGGUGUGGCAAAUGUUGAAAAGUUGAGAAGCCAGGUACACAGUGUGUUAUGUCAAAACCAGAAUAUGCAGCUGCUUUACAGGGAACCUGUAGAAUGUGUAAAUAUAAUGAAAAAGAAGAUCAGUUAUAAUUUUUGUGAAUUUCGUGGGGCUUCCUGUGAUUGGAAAGAUUAUAACUCCUCUGGUCUAAGGUGGGGAUUGUGUUCGGUCUGAGAAUGAUUUCCGUUUACAUGGUCAGCUCAGCCUGGGACGGUGGGAUUCGUGUGUUAGUCCUGGCUGUGGAUGGUGUCUCAUAAAGAUCACUUUCUUUUUUUUUUUUUUUUUUUGGUACCGGGAAUCGAACUAGGGUCCUUGUGCUUGCAAGGCAAGUGACAGAACCACUGAACUAAAUCCCCAGCCCAAAGAUCACUUUCUUUAGGGUUUAAAAUAGGGUUAAAUUUUAUUACCUAAUUUUUUUUGGGGGGGGGUACCGGGGAUCGAACUCAGGACCUUGUGCUUUCAAGGCAGGCAGCGGAACCACUGAGCUGAAUCCCCAGCCCUUUAGGUUAAAUUUUAAAAGUAAAUGAAACACACCAGGUUUGUAUCUAAGAUGAAAAGUGAUGCUGCUUUUAACAGAACUAACUGUGAUCUUUAAAUCUUUAAAUUUUACUUUUCGCGAACAUGUUCCUUUCUCUAAAUUCCCAGGCUCCUUACAGUUUAACACGCGGGGCUUCUGUGCCUGGGGAGGUGACCCGUGGGCUCAAGGUGUUAAUUCCACUCUCAUGGUUUACUAUGGAAAGUCAUUUUUCACACUGUUCUAACUGUAAUACAAUGUUAGACUAAAACCACUGUAUGAAGACUGUUUAAAAUGUAAACAUAAUGCUGAAAAUACACAUUUUAAGAAGAAA